CAGCGGUUCUUACGCUAGACUGGGACUACACCUCUCUUCCCUGGGGUCUUGUCAAGUAUAUUCCUAGCCGUUUUCACGUUAUUAUUAGUCCAAGUCGGAGAAUAGCAUCACUUUACAUUGUCAAGGCGUCCAUUCUUCAAGAACUUCGAGUUGUGCCUAAUUCCAAGAAGCCUUCUCUAGCUGUCGGUGUGUCUGUUUAAGUGCUUGUUUCCUGAAGGGAAUAUUGUCUUUCAAAGGAGUGAUAAGUGUUUCUUCACGUCUUGUUAUAUGCGAAACCCCGACUUGGUGGCCCCUCCCCAGACUGGAGACUAGUGCAUGUUGCACCGCGAGGUCAGGAUGUGCUGUUGAGUGAAGGUGGUUGUAUCGCGUCGUCACCGCUGCCUGCCCAAAUAUGGAAGAUCGGGAACAUCACAGCGCCGGGGACCCGCCCCCAGAGAACAGAUUGGAGUUUUGACUUUAAUGGAUACCACAUGUGACGGAACCAUUGUUCGGAAGCAGCCACUUCGCGAAGAGCUCUGCUGAAUACUAGUGUCUUCAAGCCACGAGAUUUAUUGGCAGUGUGGGUCCUUGACACGACCGUCCGGGACCUUGACGGAUGUUGGUCAAAUAUUAAAAAGUUUCAUUUCCGGAUUGUGCGGUGUAGUGAAAGCUGUGUAUUGAAAUCUGCGGUGGAGAUAAAGCCUUACCGGGAGCUGUCGUUCAGUGUGGAUGGGUCGGCUGUUGUGUUGUUACAGUCAACGUAAGCUCCAGCGUAUAUUUAUAGUAUAGACAGGUCGUAUUUAGACUGUAUCUGUCGCAUUACUGGAGACAGACCUGAAGGGGGUUGUUGGCCUAAGCUAACACGAUUAACUUGCUGGAUCGAAAGGCAAGAGGAUCUUGUAAGUUGCUUGUUCUUACAUCGCAUACACGUGCGAGACUUGGUGAACGUAGGAGUGAUAUCCUGGUUAGGGAAGUGCCUUGUUAUGUUGGAAGCAGAAUAGCGCAAUAAUGAUGUCAAUACCUGCCGCGAGGACCUCUGCUUAAAGUUGGGAUAAAGCUGUGACUUCGCUGUUGAAACCUGUGAAUUUUUUUUUUGAAAUAUACAGCAAAUGUGUCGCUCAUAAAUAAAGACAACGAUACGGACAAAAUGUCAAAUAUAAGCUGUGAUGAGAUUAUGGCGGACAAAGCCGGUCCGCCACCGACGUUCGACGCUGUUGGACGCUACACCAUCGCUACCAUAUUGGUGUUCAUCCCCGUGAUGACGAUAGCCGGUAACGCCAUCACCAUCGUCGCUGUUGUCACCCACCGUCGCCUCCGGAACAUUACUAACGCAUUUGUCGUGUCUCUGGCUGUGGCAGACAUGAGUGUCGCUUUGUGCGUGAUGCCGUUUGGGAUAUACCAACAGCUUUCCAACAAGGAAUGGAUGUUAGGGAAUACGUUCUGUACUGUUGUGACCAGCAUGGACGUGAUGUUAUGCACUGUCUCUAUAUUCCACCUCUCAUGCAUGGCUAUUGACCGUUACCUUGCAAUCUGUCGGCCAUUUCUUCACGAACGCAUGACCUGGCGGGUCGUGGCCAUCAUGCUGUUCAUAUGCUGGGUGGUCCCUAUCUUCAUCUCAUUUGUUCCCAUCAUGAACAAAUGGAAUCAGAUCGGAAUCGAGGAGUUCUUAAGCUGUGCUGCCCCACCAGAGCUAAACGCCUGUCCCUUCUUUGUGAACAUACCCUUCGCUCUAAUCUGCUCGGCUAUAGCAUUUUACAUUCCCGUUGUGUUCAUGGGCGUGUGUAACUGGAAGAUCUACCUGGCGGCGCGACGGCAGGCAAUGCAGAUCCGGAGCCUCGAUACCUCUCAUCAUAAACAUCACAAAGGGAAGGGGAAAUUCAAACAGGAGACAAAAGCAGCCAAGACGCUGAGUAUCAUUAUGGGAUGUUUUAGCGUCUGCUGGUUCCCAUUUUUCAUCUUUAACAUCUUUGACCCUAUCAUAGGUUACAAAAUCCCCUACACCCCCUGGGCUGUGGCGUUGUGGCUAGGAUACCUCAACUCAAUGAUGAACCCGUUUCUUUACUAUAAAUUCAACAGGAACUUCAAGUUCGCCUUCAGGAGAAUAUUCAUGUGCAAGGUCUGCCGCGGUAUAAGCGAAUAUGAAGAAAGCGUUAUAACGGGGAAUACACAGGUGUCGGAAUGACAUGAGGACUCACGUGACAGGCAUCGGACAUCAGAUUUUAGUACCAGUGAGUUUGUCGAAGUAAGUACAAGUAACUCCAGGGUAUGACAGCUGAGGCCUCAAAAGCUUCAUCUCGCGCUGCUGGAAGUUCACGUGAACCAC